AUGUCUGACAAAGAUACUGAACACGACAAAAUCCAUUCAUCGCGGAUUACCUAUAUCCCUUUACGAGAAACUCUCAUCAAAGCUGGAGUCCUUCAGCCGAGAUCUGCCAACAUACCCAAAAAGUCAUUACAAGGGGACACGAAUAUCAAAUCAGAGGAUCCUACUUCACCAGAGCCAUACUUGAAGAAGAGGAAGACUGAAUUUUUGAAUGGCUACCAGUCCCUGCCUCUCACUGGGUAUCCAUCGGACAAGCCAAGACAAGCUCUUCCAGCAGGUUUGAGUGCGCUACCAUUGGGGUCCACCGAGAGCCCCAAAUCUUUGGCUCCUCAGCUACCAUACUAUCGGGUCCCAUUUGGAAAAAAAGUACCAACAGAUGUGAGAUUACUAUCUACCAAAAUGAUACCACGAGCUCCCAUUCCAUCUUUCACACCGCUCCAACGAAUAUCGAGCCGUUUCGUCUCCAGUGUAGACCUGGAAUCCUCCGAGUUAUUUGAUGUGCCACCACCCCGUUCUACCCGAUGGAAUGUUCAAGGCGUGUAUGAUGUGACCUCGGUUGUGGAUGGGUAUGUUGAUACCGCAGGUUUCUCUCUUAGGCUGUUCUACUAUAAUCUUGGAGACCAAAGCCAACUAUUUGCCAAAUUUGCCUUCGACAAACUUGAAGGCAUGAUGCGGCUCUGUCCCUAUGAAGCGGUAUCAACGUCCGGAGUCAAGCUUGAGCUUGAGGAAUUCGAAAAAGCGUGUGACCUACCGCGGCAGAUGGAACCAAGCCCACUUAGACGUUCUUGGUGGAUGAGGUGGAGAGCCAAGGACGGGGGAAUGCGACUUGGUGAACUUGUUGGUGGGCUUCCAGACCUAAACUACGAGUUCAGCUUCGAGGAAGAGGAGGGGUCCGCCUCGAAAGACAACAUAGGUUUAAGAAUACUUUUUGUCAUGGUCUACAAUGAGAAUCACUUCGUCUUCCGGGGUAAGAAAGUGGCGAAUUUAGAAGAUGAGACUGCUCCAUCUCGAUGGGAGCAGAGAGCAUUGUGGAAUAGCCUCUGGAACUGGGAAUGGGACCCUGUACCCGAUUCAUGGUCCGAUUCAUCGUCCGAUUCAGACGAGGAUUUUGUUGCUCGACUGAGAAGAGGAGGGAGUUCUAUUCGGGAGAACAAGAGUAAGAUCAAGAGGACGAUCAAAACCAAAAUUCCCACCGGACCUUCCGGAUUGAGUUCAGCCUCCACUCCAAUAAACAAGCACAUCGAGUUGCCUCCACUAGGAGCCUUCGAUGUGACAGGAAUUUGGCAGAUCGAAGCACAGCAUUUGCGAAGCCAUCUGGGGAUAAGUGACAAGGACGGAAAUAGAGGUUGCAUGUACAUUACGGUAAAGAUGGCAAACAAUCCUCGACAUCACAAAAUAGGCCGUCAGCUAUGGGCUGAUUUUCGUCUCGGCCCAAGAGUAUGCGGGGUCAUGCGGUUCUGUCCCCGGCCAAAUUCAGAGGAGGAACAGCGCAUCACGCUUCCCCUCAAAGAAUUCGAGAAAGCCUGUGUUCUUGAAUCUGCCUGCUGGCCUGGACCUUCCCCGGAAGGUAAGGGAGAGUGGUAUAUGCGAUGGAGAGGUGUGUAUAAGAGCCGGGAAAUCAGUCGUGACCAGGCAGAUUACCGAGUCUCCUUUAAGAAGGACGAUGAUGGGAAGGUCAAGAUGAGAGGAGUCAUCGAACUUGACUCGUUGAUGUUUCCAUGGACAGCCGAGAGACUAUUCGCAGCGAUGCCACCUGCGCGUAACGAGCCGAGUGUUACCAAGACCUGGAGUGAAGCUCGGCCAGAGCACGACAGGAUUCUAUCCCGAAGUGAGUGGUUCACAGGACUAGUAUAG